CAGCUAUAGUCCUAAGCUUAAAGGCCAAGUACCAGUAUUUAUAGCUAGAAUCUUCCAGCAACUCACGCCGUUUUGUCUUUCCAACUGAUGGUGAACUCUGAACCAAUGAUUCCUGCUUUACGAUUAUGUAACCAGGUUACAAGUUAACAUACCUAGCGUUCCUUCCGUUUCCAAGAGUGCGCUAGCUUUGAAAACAGUAUUCCGCUACAAUUCUACCAAAAGUACAGUGGGUAACCUGUACCCAUUUUAUAUGAUAUGGGUACCAGCUGGAGUCAGUCAGGAUCAUGGUCGGAGGUCGCAACCAAGGAGGAGGUGCAGGGUGCUAUUCGUGGCUUUGAGGAAUGGCAGAAGACUCAAGAGGAACUAAAAGCUUCAGGCGUUGUAAAGGUAUUCGAGGCUCCCGAAACGGGCCCGUUAUUAGACCGUCUGGGCGGCCCCGACGCGGUCAAGCGGGUUGUGGAGGGGUUCUGCCGAAGAAUGUACGCGGAUGAACGGUUGCAGACCUUCCUGCAAGACCGCGACAUCGUGUUCUUCCGAGCCAAGCAGAACGCCUUCAUGACCUGGCUGUUCGGUCCCGCCCCAAAGCGGUACACCGGCAAGCACCUUCGCGUGGCGCACCUGCGCAUCAUCAAGCAGCGCGGCUUCUCGCCGGAGGAUUUUGAGCUCGGCAUGUCGUACUUUGAGGAGGCUUUACGGGAGCUGGGGGCGCCGGAGACUCUGGUACAGGAGGCGGCGGCCAAGGUCCGGCCGUUCAAGGACGUCAUCUUCACUCCCUCACCCAAGGACGCCGAAGAGGAGGCGCGCUGGGCCGCGGAGGACCGUCUGAGGGAGCAGCAGCAGCAACUGGCCAGGGACCGCGAGCUCGCACGACAGGCCUCGGCACGCCACAGCAACAGCAGCAACCACAACAGCAUGGGGCCAGCGGCAGCGGCUGCAGCAGCCGGGUCCUCGAUUUCCCCGCCGCUAUCUCUGGCCUCCUCUCCGCCAUCUUCCGCUGCUAUGGCGCUGAUGUACGGUGGCCUGAGCGGCAGCAACAGCCGGCCCGCGACCCAUGGGUCACAAUGCCCCUUUUCUGGAGGCCGCCGUUCACCGGACCUGCGGACGAACAGCGGAACAACCGGCUCCAGUCGGAGUGUGAGCUUUGCUAUACCCCCGACCGCUGGCCCUCCGGCAGCUGCUGCUGUUGCCGUUGCGAUGACAUCGAGUCCUGCGCAUCCCCUGGCCGCAUCCCUUGCUGGGUCGACCCCUCCGGCGUCUCCACCUAUUAGGCCUGCUGCGGCCCAAAGGGCCCCAGCAACUCAUCGCCAAGCCGAAGGACCAGCAGCACAUGUUGCUGCCACUGCAACAGCAGCACCGGCUGUACCUCCCGCAGCACUUGCGCCGCGUCCCACGUCGGCCGCGUCGCCAGUGACCCAUGGGUCCGUCGUCGCCUCGGGGCCCACUAUCGCUGCCGCUGCUGCACCUCCUGUUUUCGCGACUAUGCGUCCGCAGUCUACCGGGUCGCACACGGCUCCUGUACGGCAUCCUGCCGUACCCAUGCCCUCCGUCGUCGUCGCUGCCAACGCUGCAAUAGCAGCAGCUGCCAGCAGCGGAAGCCCAAUGAGCUCUCGGAGUCCCAGCCUGGCUGCAGCGGCAGCUCCAGCGUCACCGCUAGGGCCGCCGCCUCCGCUGCCGCCGCCUCCGCACUUUUCACCCGCCAUGGCUUCACCCCUGCGUCGUGUUUCCCCUGCAUCCCCUGCCGCCACCCCAACGCGCCCUCCGGUUCCCGCCACCACCACCUCCACCCCAACAGCACCUCUUUCAACCGUGUCCUCCCCUGAUCCCCGGGGCCUGCCGCCGUCUCUGGCCGGCCUGCCGCCACCACCACCCCUACCGCUGCCGCACCCACCAUCGCUGCUAGCGCGCUCCUCGCUUCCUAACACAAGCAGCACUGCCACCCCUACCGGGUCCCAAGCGAUGGUACCGGGACCCGGGUCUGCAGCCGCGCCGGGCAGCCGCCUGCAGCUCGCCUCCUCGUCCUUUUCGGGCGGUGUGACGACAACACCUACCAGGACACCAACAGCAGCAGCAGCAGGAACAACAACAACAACGCCAACUAGGACAUCAACACCAGCAUCAUUGAAGUAGCAGCAAUCUCAUAUACAGCAACAACAACAACAAGGAUACCAAUGUAACAGCGGCAGCAACGGCACAGCAGCGCUGCCGGGUUGACGGGCUUGCGAGCGGGGCGGUGGGACCAGGGGCACCGGGCACCUGUGGCUGGGGUCAGAGGCUUCCACCGUACGAAGUCGCAAGUUAGGGCAACGGGUAUAGGCUGGAGGUGGCGUGCGCGAUAGGGUAGGGUGUAAUGGGAUUGCUCUUAUCUUGGCCAUCGAGGAGACAGGUUCGAGGGCGGAUGUGCCUGAUUAGCGCUGAAGCGUGAGCAGGAGCGGGGUGGAAGGAGGAAAGCGUGCAGUGGAGGGGCGAGAUCCUGGCUGGGGCGGGGAUUGGAACUGAGCCGCGGUUAUAUGCUGACCGUGACCCGUAGAAGACCUGGCUGGGGUGCGAUGUGCAGUAGCUCUGGCAGGAGCGAUAAUCCUAAAGCCAUCAUUUGCACUGCGGAUUGGGAUACUGGCAGGUGGCGGCGGCGGCAAUGCAACCAACACCGUGCGAUCAUGCACACACCAGCGCUUCGACAAUGUGCUGGAAGCAGCUGCGAUUGAAAUACACGCAACGAGCCAUAACUUGCUCUCCUUUUGUUUUCGUUAUGCGGUUUUCCGAUGACCCUCCUCUCUAUUUAUCGCCCUCCUUGGGUUCUCUCUACGCCUCAUUGCCACAGCGCCUCUGUCCCGCCGCAGCGGACCUUGGUUUGGCGAACAUUGGGCAUGUGAUGACUGAAUCCCUUGUCACACGACACCGUGUGUUAGAAGGUCGAGUUACGGCCAUGCGGAUCUCCCUGGUGUGCGCAGGUUGGGUGCAUGUUGGGUUGGCUACUCGCGGGUGCUGUCUUGGGGCGGUUCGUGUCACUGCACCCAAUGCAACGCCAUGGCGUGGGUAGCACUACCUGGUUAACGCGUGCCCUGUCAAUGCACCGCGACCAACGACUUCAAGGGCAAUGCGUGGAGCAAUGGGUCCCUGUGUUUGCGCAAUGUACGGUACGUGGGGUAUAGGGUUUGGCGGGGGGAUGGAUGCGUGGCUUGCGUUGGAGGAUGUCCUGGCGAUGGUUUCUCUGACGGUUUCUCGUAUGCAAGAUUUAUUGCUGUGACGUGCGAGUGGGUGGCUUUUUGAAAGUGCCGGGGAUUCAUAGCCAUGUGCUUGACUGGGUGGGACUAGGUGGUAAUGGAGACCUUAGCUGCAGACGCAAUUCUUGUCCAGCUUGCUUGGGAGCCCGCGGGGUUGGGCGUUUGGCGCUGAGGUGUGCCUGGGUUGGGCGAGGGGAUGCAACGGUGCAGUGCAGGGGAGUUCAACAAGUCUUAUGAAGGACUGCGAAUGUGAACGCGAUGGAGGCGAGCAGCUGCCUAUGGAGGCGACACGCCGUACAGUUGCCGCAAAGUGAGGGUGCACCAAGGGUGGGGUGCGCGGCUACCUGUGGCCUGGCUUGGGUAGCAGCUGACGCAAGCUUCACUGGUGUGCAGGGACGUAAGUGGUAUCAGGCGAGGAAUGCUGGAGCACGUUAUCAGUUUGUGCGUAUGCUAUGCUUCGUGGAGUAGGGGUUGCAAAACCUGCUCAUCUCACCAGGGCUAUGGCGUAGUGCUGUGCUGUGCGGAACUCAGAUGCUGUACAGCAAAGAGUGUUGCGCCCUUCGUUGGUUCCUUCCACCGCCUAAAUUUCGUCUGGUAGUACCCAAUUCGAAAGCUAUUUGCUUUGAGAAAGAAUUGUAUGAACUUAUCAGCGCUUUGUCCCGUGUUGUAGGAAGUAAGGCAGCUCUUUGUAUCGUUCAUCGCCUAUCAACUAGCUGUAAACCGCUACCACUAAUAGAGCCAAUCCAAAUGCAGCAAGCCUUUAAGGCCCAUGUGCCUGGCCGUGCGGUGGGGAUUCGCCGGUCGACUUGCAGGCGAUCAGCGCGCUUAGCAUGCUGCGCUGCAUCAGUGGUUGUUAGCAAACAAUCCGUGAAUGCGGCUAUCUCGUGGGCGACAAGUCGCGGAGCGAAAUUGGAGCGCGCAUCCGUCUCCUCAAACUUGCAGGACGACCAGCCGCUCCUUGUCGCAUCAACAGACGCAAACCAAGGGGAUGUCCUCAUCUCGGUACCUGAAUCAGCAUGGAUUUCCGUAGAAAGUGUUAAGAAAACUUCAGUUGGCAAGCUUGCAUCCGCUGCCGGUCUCGAGCCAUGGCUGCAGCUCGCGCUGCAACUAGUUGCGGACCGCUUUGGGAGCUCAAAGUCAGAGUUAUCGCCCUACGUGGAGAGCAUACCUGAGGACCUCGGAACACCUCUGCUGUGGAGUGACGAUGAGCUGCGGGAACUGCAGGGCACGCAGGUACUUCAGACGCUGAACGGCUACAUGACCUUCUUCCGCUCCACUUUCCAACAGCUGCAGUCCGGCCUCUUCGCGGCGCACCCCGCCGCCUUCCCGCCCUCCGUCUUCACCUGGCCGCAGUUCCUGUGGGCGGUUGCGGCGGUGCGCGGCCGCAGCCACCCGCCCCUGGACGGCGAGCAGAUCGCACUGGUGCCGGUGGCGGAUCUGGUAUCGCACCGUCGCGUCGCCAACACGCGAUUGGCAGUGCGGUCCGCGGGGCUGUUCGGUCGGGGCCGGGUGCUGGUGCUGGAGGCGAGCAGGUCCAUCCGCAAGGGCGAGACCCUCUCCCUGGACUUUGCGCCCGACAAGCUGGACGGCGGGGUGCUUCUGGACUUCGGGGUCAUGGACCGGGACAGCCCGAGGCCGGGCUACAGCCUGACCCUCAGCAUCCCAGACAGCGAUAGAUUCCUGGACGACAAGCUGGACAUACUGGAGAGUAACGGCCUGCGCCAGAGCCUCACCUGCUCGCUGACCCCUGACGAGCCGCCCGGACCCGAGGUGAUGGCCUUCCUGCGGCUGCAGCACCUGUCAGGUGGCGACGUGUUCUUGCUGGAGUCGGUGUUCCGGAGCGACGUGUGGGGCUACAUGCAGGAGCCGGUGAGUGCGGCCAACGAGGAGGCGGUUUGUAGCUCGCUGGCUGGGGGCGCUCGGGCGGCGCUGGCGGGCUACGGCGGCAGCUUGCAGGCGGACGUGGCGCUGCUGCGGGGGGGCGGUGGCGGAGGCAGCAGCGGCGACAGCAGGCGGGAGGCGGCUCUUAGGGUGCGGCUGGGUGAGAUGGAGUCGCUGGACGCCCUGGCUCGCUACAUGGAGGACCGCCGCGCCACGCAGCUCAAGCGGCUGGUGUACUACCAGGAGCGGCGGCUGAGGAGGUUGGGGCUGGUGGACGAUGAGGGACGCACGACGUACGACAGUUUCUUCAAGGACGGCAUUGCGUAGUGCGUGUUUGGCCGUGCAACAUGCAUAGCUGCGUUGUGGCUGCUGCUGCCGCUGGGAGAGAGAGAGACAGAAAGAGAGAAAGAGGGAGGGAGAAGCGGACGCACUUGGAUAGCUUCACUACGAGGGGACAGAGCAGGGCGACUGUGCAUUGUUAUUUUCCAGGAAACGCAUGUGUAUUGAGACGGUGCUUGCCGCACGCAUGCAGACGUCGGCUGCAUGAUUUUGACAUAUACGAGUGAGAUGGCAUAACCAAUUUUGGUCUUGCCUGUCCCGGCCGUUACGCCGAAUAAGUCAGAAGUGUGAUUAGGAGGAAUGUCACACCGGGGGCGCUAUUCCCCGGGUAGUUGGCUGCGUAGAUGACGGUAGGGGGAUUAGCGGAUGACGGUGGCGUGUUCGGGAGGGG